AUGAAUUUCAAACCAGCCAUUAAUCAAAAUCGAAAAAACGGCCUAUCCACCAUAACUACCAUCGUCUUAGUUAUUUCGGCUUUCGUAGUGGGAGUGGCGAUUUAUCUAGAUAGUGCGGCAACUAGUCUUAAACCCAAAAUAGUAAUCCAAGCCAUUGUUGACUAUUAUCAAAAAUAUUCUAUUAAUUCUCAUAGUGAAAAUAAUAAUCCUUGGUUUCGGCAAGUAUGGAAAACUAUCCGAGAAACUCGCCAAUUAGUCGCCCAAAAAAUUGUGGCCCGAGCCGAAGAAAUUAUUUUUGUUCCCUCGGCUACUUACGCCUUAAAUAUUCUGUCUUUGUCCUUACGAGAUUACCUAACGCCGGGAGAUAAAAUUGCUCUAACGCUUUUAGAACAUGGUUCUAAUCUUUAUCCUUGGCAAGCCACCGCUCAAACCAAAACAGCCGAAAUAGUUUUUUUGCCUCUCACCAAUGAUUUUGUUAUUGAUAUAAACCAAUUGUCAAACUACAUCAAUCAGCAAACGAAAAUAGUUAGUUUUUUUCAUUUGAGUAACAGUUUGGGAACUAUUAAUCCGGUUGCGGAAAUUGCUCAAAAAAUCAAAAAAAUAAAUCCGGAAUGUCUAAUCAUUGUGGAUGCUUGCCAAAAUAAUCCGACGGAAAAAAUUAACCAGUUGGAUUUAUUUUUACCGCAAAAAUUUGAAGUGGGAACUUUACCGCUAGCCCAAAUUUUUGGUCUACGAGCCGGUUUGGAAUUCACAAAUAAAUUAGACUAUCUCCAACAAAUCCAACUCCGCAACUACGCUCUCCGCCAACUAAAACAAAUCCCCAAUCUGAUUAUUUACAACCAAAAGCAAUUUUCUCCUAAUAUUAUUACUUUUAACUUGACUGGUUAUCACGCCCAUGAUAUUGCUGAUUAUCUUGGAAAAAAAAAAAUUUUACUCCGGGCGGGUGAUUUUUGUUGUCCUUAUUUGGCCAAAGUUAUUGGGACUAAUUCGGCUUUGCGAAUUUCUCUUGAUAUAUACAAUAACCAGGGUGAUAUUGACCGUUUAAUUGACUGCUUACAAGAAAUUGUUAAUAAUCCCCACCUUUUAAUUCCCGUUUAUAAUGCUUAUCUUACUUGCCAAUUAGUGGGGGAUAACCACACGGUCCCUACUCCUACGGGAGGCAGCAGUGAGGAAUCUUCGGCAAUGGGGGAAACCCUGACCGAGCAAUACUACGUGAAGGAAGAAGAAGAAGAAUUGGAUGCAAAUCCGGUUUUGACGGUAUCUAUCGAGAAAGCCACGACUAACUACGUGCCAGCAGUCGCGGUAAGACGUAGGUGGCGAACGUUAUCCGGAAUUAUUGGGCGUAAAGGGUGCGUAGAUGGGCUCAACCCCACGGAAGUUGCUAAUACUGGCAGACUACGAGGACAGGAGAGGUUGACGGAACUCCCGGUGGAGCGGUGA